AUGCCAUCCCCAAGCAACAGAUCCCUCAAGGGCUUCCCUCAACUUACGGCUGCUUGUAUUGAAGGGAAGCCUCGCUCCGUCCGUCACCGUCAGCACCAAUUCCACCGUCUCCAUGAUGCAUUGAUCGCAGCAGGAGCUUCAAUCGUCGAAGCCCUUCAGGAUGACAAUAGCUUUUUGAGGAGAGAAGCAGUCCUUGAGUAUUCGCUGGCAUUGAGAGAAUUGCGAUCAACAUAUGAAAGCGUCAGUCUGGAAGCUGAAAUUGCCGCCGCAAGGGCUGUCGAGCAAGCGCGAGAUAGUCUGCAUCGCAAGGUCGGUGUGGGUAUCGUGUAUAUAAGGCCAGAUCGCACAAGAGCCGACGUAUAUGGGACUCUGAGCCCACUAUGUGCAGCGCUGGCAGCAGGAAACUGCAUCGUUGUGGAGAUGCCAAAUACCACGCGGAGAACGACAUCGAUUCUGCGGAGAAUUUUGCUGGACUCACUGGAUCACGAUACUUUCGCAGUCUCGGACGCGGUUCCCCCAAAUGAGUUCCUCGAGCAGUGCGUGGUAGUACAGCAAAAUGGCAUUGACACAGAUCUGCCUAAUAUCAUCUCCACAUCGGCGAAGAGGCUCGUUUCACCCCCUUUAUCGUCAUUGAAUAUCUUUUUCGUCGACAGAACAGCCGAUUUGGAGAGAGCGUCUCGCAGUGUUCUUGAAGCAAAAUUUGCAUUCAAAGGGACAAGCUCGUUUGCUCCUGCUGUUGUGUUUGUGCACGAGGCAGUACGUAGCCAGUUCUCAGAUUGUCUGUUACAGGAUGUACAGGCUUUUGCUGGCCUUGCGACAGCUGAAUCUGGAACGGUAAACAAAGUGGAUGUCAAGACCGCAGGAGGGCCAUCGGAAUUUGAGGGUUUGAUUUCUGAUCCAAGAGGAAGAAUAGCCUUUAUCAAAGAUCUGCAAAACUAUAAGACGUUGGUCAAAUCUGAAGCUCAGAAGCAAACCAACCUGCUACUAUACAGCGCUACAAGUAUGGACGAUAUGAUAGACUCAAUAGCGGACUUGACAGGCAAUCUACUUGAUACACCAUCCUCGGCAUUCAUAUUUGCCAGGUUGCCAGAGGCCAAGUACCUUGCAAAUGCAGUUGCUGCCGAUUUUACCUGUGUCAACACAUUUCCUGUGGAACUCCUAGUUGGGCCACAAUUUCCCAGGUCCAUGGGUGUCAUCGCAGACACAAAAGCCUUGCCUCGAUACAUUCGCGAAAUCUUUGAAGAAUCUCGGCCAGUCAUUUUGACACCAAGUUCGACAUCUCAGAUGGUGGAGAGUGGGCUUACUCUUGAACAACCUGGCUUGCGGUCACAGUUUCUGGACUGGACCGAGCUAAUGCAAGCACCUCUAAGACCUACAGGUCAGAGACUUGGCAAGAAGAAAGACUUUUUCGCGGUUGCUAUUGGUGUUGGGGCAGGUGUGGUAAUAGGCAUGCCGCUCUUGAUACUGACAGCGUUCGUGGGGAAGGUUGUGAUCCGAGGGCUGUAA